CUCUGCUCGACUCUCGCAUGCCCGCCAAGCGCGGGCGAGAGGGCGGGCCGCCUGACGAGGACGCGGAUAAACGCCCGCGCCAAGCAGCCGGGCCCAGCGACGCCACUCCCGGCGACGCGCUCGAGGCGCUCCGCGCCAAACGCCAGGCCAAGCUCUCUUCCGAGCAGGCGGCCGCGGCCGAGUCUUCGUCGGCGCUGUCGGAGAGGGCGGCGGGCAAGCAGCCGGCGGCCUCCUCCGCGCAAGGCGCGGCCGCCUCCCGCACCCGCGCGCCGGGCGGCGACGCCGACGAGUCGUAUUUCGACGAUGACGAGCCGCAGCAGCCGCGGCCGGCGGGCGCGACCAACGGCGUCGGCCACACCAACGGCGUGGGCGGCAGCCACCACGGCAACGGUGCCGGCAGCAGCGGCCACGCGCCGGGCGAGGGCGCGGAUGCAGCGGCUGGCGAGGAUGCGGCGGCCGAUCCUCUCGAGGCGUACAUGGCGCACGUGUCGUCGCGGCUGUACCUGGGGAAGGAGGGGGACGGGGAGGAGAGGGCGGCGCAGCGCACCUCGCGCUGCGUCUGCUUCGAGAACCUCAUCUCGCCCGAGCGCGCCGCCGCCGCUGCCGACGAGGCGCACCAGGUCCGGAUGGAGACGGGGACAGAGUGCUCCCGCUGGGGGACGCUGCUGCGUGUGCACGUGCCGAGCGGGGCGGACGCGGCGGAGGGGGGAGCCCCUCCCCCGGGGGGGGGGCUCGGCCGCGUCUUUGUCGAGUUCGAGGCCGAGGACGCCGCCGUCGAGUGCGCGCGCGCGCUGGAUGGCCGGCUCUUUGAUGGCCGGCGAGUGACGGCACUCUACUACCCGCUGGGCGCCUUCUACGAGGGGGACUUUGCGGACGAGGGCGCCCCGCUGCAGGCGACGUCCAUCACCUGGGACGAUAUCGUCGCGAUGAACUCGCGACCGGCCAGCUCGUGGGACACGAUGGACGGCGAGGGCGGCGGCGGCGCCGCGAGCGGAGGAGGCAACCCGUAUGGCCAGAGCGACGCGCUCGUUGAGGAGUUUCCGGACAUGGCGGAGCAUGCGGACGUCGACUCCGACUCCGACUCCGACGCCGAGGCCGCCAAGCUGGCCGAAGUGGCGCGCGCCAAGAAGAAGGAGCUGCCGCGCGUCGACCACUCGACCGUCACCUACCUGCCGUUCCGAAAGAACUUUUACAUAGAGGUGCCGGAGAUCAAGCGCAUGAGCGACGAGGAGGUCGCCGCCACGCGCCUCGCGAUGGACAAGCUCAAGGUGCGCGGCAAGCGCGUGCCCAAGCCGAUCAAGAAGUGGACGCAGUGCGGCCUCUCCGACGCCGUCCUCGCCGUCAUCGAGAAGAGCGGCUACGCGGCGCCCUUCCCGAUCCAGUCGCAGGCACUGCCCACGAUCAUGCAGGACGUCAUCGCCAUCGCCAAGACCGGCUCCGGCAAGACGAUGGGCUACACGCUGCCGAUGUUGCGACACGUGCUCGACCAGCCGCCGCUCGAGAAGAACGACGGGCCGAUCUCUCUCAUCAUGGUCCCGACGCGCGAGCUCGCCAUGCAGGUCUACCGCGAGGUGCACAAGUUCGCGCGGCUCACCCGCAUCCGCGUGGUCCCGGUGUACGGCGGCGCCGGCAUCAAGCAGCAGAUCUCCGAGCUGCGGCGCGGCGCCGAGGUCGUCGUCUGCACGCCAGGCCGGAUGAUUGACAUGCUCACCGCCAACGGCGGCCGCGUCACCAACCUGCAGCGCGUCACGUACGUG